GUCGGGUUUUGCUUUGCAUAAAGGUGCAAGUGUGCGUGCACUGACGUUGAUGUUGAGCGAUGAGUCAGGCCGGUGUCUGCGUUGCGGAAGAGCUGCUGUGUGCGUAUGUGCCAACCGACCGGCGGCCGCCCCACCCACACCGUGCGCAUGGAGACGAGAUUUUAUUCCCGGAAGAGGAGGGAUGGAUUGGGUCGGUCGUGGUGGUCGGAGGCGCCGGUGCUCUGCCGAGUUGUGGCGCUGCGGACGCCGGGUGCCGUGUUGCCUUUUGCUGGAUUCCCUUGAGUGACUGUUAUGUGAAGGCGACGGGGAAACCUCUGGCGCUCGAUUUGGCUUUCUUUUUAGAGCAGCUCGAUGUUGGCAUACCUGCUCACCUCUUGUUUGGCGGUGGUUCAACUGCAGCUGCUCGGCCAAGGACGAAUGGGGCCUGCUCGUCCAGUUCUGCUUUGAACCGCUUGGUCCAGUGCCACACGUUGGUUGGGUUCGGUGACUGUCCAGUCUUCGAUCUCUUUGCUGCACGACAGAACCUUGUGCGGAUUUUCAAAUGGAUUGCAAAAACCACCGACAUCAAAGGAUAGGAUUACAUAAAACACAUUUCACAUGUUUGUUAUCAUAAUGAUUGCAUUUUUUAUUUGAAAAAAACACUAAUUGACGGCUUAGGCUGUUUUGAGCACGAUUAUGACAGGUGGGUCCCAUAUUUAUUUACUGUAACGGUUCAACAUAGAUGGUGUUAGACAAUGGUGUAGAGAAGGGUUUUAACAAUUCAACUUCCAAUAUCAUUGAUUG